AUGAUUGCAAUACCACCAUCGAGGACAACAGACCAGAUUUCAGAAAAACCAAAAAAGACGAGCAGAAUACCACCAUUGAGGACAACGAACCCAAACUCAGAAAAACCAAAAAAGACGAGCAUAAUACCACCAUCGAGGACUAGAGACCCAAACUCAGAAAAACCAAAAAAGACGAGCACAAUACCACCAUCGAGGACAACAGACCCGAACAUAGAAAAACCGAAAAAGAUGAGCACAAUACCACCAUCGAUGACAACAGAUCCGAAUUCAGAAAAGCCAAAAAAAACGAGCACAAUACCGCCAUCGAGUACAACAGACCCAAACACAGAAAAACCAAAAAAGACGAGUACUAUACCACCAUCGAUGACAACAGAUCCGAAUUCAGAAAAACCAAAAAAGAAGAGCACAAUGCCACUAUCGAGAGCGACAGACCCUAACCCUGUAAAACCGAAAAAGACGAGCAGAAUACCACCAUCGAGGACAACAGACCCGAACACAGAAAAACCAAAAGAGGAGCACAAUACCACCAUUGAGGACAACAGACCCGAACACAGAAAAAUCAAAAAAACGAGCACAAUACCACCAUCGAGGACAACAGACCCGGACUCAGAAAAACCAAAAAAGACGAGCAUAAUACCACCAUUGAGGACAACAGACCCGAACACAGAAAAACCAAAUAAGACGAGCAUAAUACCACCAUCGCGAGGGACAUACCGGAGCUAA